AUGCCUCGCGCUUACGACCGAACUGACGGCGUUCCUAGUGCUAUUACUGAGUACCUGUCGAAUUUGACCAGAGUUGCUUUGGAAUCUGGCGCCUCCACGGCAUUUGAUGGUGUGUUCCGGUCAGAGCGCUUCUCGAUGACACCAGCAGAGCAGGACAACCAAUGGGGUUUGGAGUUAGAUUAAGGCUUAUUCUACUUAGUCCAUUUUUAGAGGAGUCACUCAUCCUAGAAGGAGAGAGGGUUUGUUUGCAAGGGGAAAAGGCCACACGGACACGCACCGAGAAUAUUGCAUCUACACCGAGAUCAAAACCCAAGAGGGUGGGCUCUAAUUACAGUCGUGUACUGGUGCCGCAAACUC